AGCAUAACGCGGGAAACGCUGUUGUGUUGGUUCAGUGUUUUCCACAGAGGAGCAUCUGCCACGCUAAUCCACACAUUUACGGAUAUCGUUACUACCGGUGUUAAUAAAUGUCUCCGGUUUGUUGCCGCUUUGCUCUGAACUGGUGAAGCCCACCGGAGCUCCGUCCUUCAGCUGCGACUGCUCGGCCCGCAUGAAGUUACCCGGAGGAGCCGUUAGUCGUAUGUCGGUCCCCGCGCUGCUCCUUAACGUCUGUGUAGCCACCGAGCAGUUGUUAGCUCCGACACAAAGAGAGGAGCCCCACUAGCCGGCUGAACACCCGCAACAUCUGUCCGACGCAACAUGGAGGCGUUUCAGAAAGUGGAGAAGAUAGGAGAGGGGACGUACGGAGUGGUGUACAAAGCCAAGAACAAAAUGACCGGAGAAACUGUUGCUCUGAAGAAAAUCCGGCUGGACGCAGAAACUGAGGGCGUACCAAGCACAGCCAUCCGAGAGAUUUCACUCCUCAAAGAACUCAGUCAUCCCAAUAUUGUCAAACUGCGCGACGUCAUCCAUACGGACAGCAAACUCUACCUUGUUUUUGAGUUCCUCCAUCAGGAUCUAAAGAAGUUCAUGGACUCCUCCUCUGUCACCGGCAUCCCGGUGCCUCUGGUUAAAAGUUAUCUUUUCCAGUUGCUGCAAGGCCUGUCCUUCUGCCACUCUCACAGAGUUCUUCAUCGAGACCUGAAGCCCCAGAACCUCCUCAUCAACGCUCAGGGGGAGAUCAAGCUGGCUGACUUUGGCCUUGCAAGGGCCUUCGGAGUUCCUGUCCGCACAUAUACACAUGAGGUGGUAACGCUUUGGUACAGAGCACCGGAAAUUCUCCUGGGCUGCAAAUACUACUCCACAGCUGUCGACGUCUGGAGUCUGGGGUGCAUCUUUGCUGAAAUGAUUACCAGAAGGGCUUUAUUCCCCGGUGACUCUGAGAUAGAUCAGUUAUUCCGAAUCUUCCGCACCCUGGGAACACCUGAUGAGACCGUCUGGCCCGGAGUCACAUCGAUGCCUGACUACAAGCCAUCCUUCCCCAAGUGGGCUCGGCAGGAAUUAUCCAAAGUGGUGCCUCUUCUUGACGAGGAUGGAAGAGAGCUGCUCGGAGAGAUGCUGAAUUACGAUCCAAACAAAAGGUUGUCUGCCAAAAACGCCCUUGUACAUCGAUUCUUCCGUGACGUCACCAUGCCACUUCCUCAUCUCAGACUCUGAGUUAUGCAAAAAUCUCAGUCUGUUUUAUCAGCAACAAUGUCUAAGCAAUAAGGACUGUCUCGCCUUGCUUCAUGUCUGUGACUGGAAUGGACAGAAAACGUGGCCACUACAGGAUACGAUGUGUUCUUCAGCACCUAAAACCAGCCCUUGAGGAGAUCAGUGUCCAGAGAGUCUUGUUGUGGUAACUGUUCUGGGUGUUUGACUGUAAUUUUCAAUAAUCAUCAAUGUGAUUUUGCAUAUUUAUGUGCCACUGCCAUGUUUGAUGUAAAUGUUACUUGUGAUUCACAAUGGGCUUUACUUAGCGCCAGUGGGGUACACCAAUUCUAGUUAUGUGCCAUUGAAUUUCCAACUUCAAAUGGUUUUAGAAUCCAAAUUGAAGUAGUCCUUUGUUUAGAUUUAUAUAUAAUUGAACAAGUUUGUGGGGUAGUGCAAAUAACAAUGGCAUGCUUUGUAAGACUGAGCAGCAGCUUAAUGGGGCAACAGCUCUCAAUACAUCGUGAGCUGAUGUAGAACUAUUGGUGCUAUAAAAACAUGAGAUUACAGCGGUGUUCUUCUGUUUUGAUCCUCUAACAUUUUGGCCCAAUGUGUCUUGACGUGAUUUUAUAACUGCACCUUUGUUUGCUUCAAAAUGUUUAUUUGACUUUCAGGUUUCCUCACAAAGCUGAAGUUCUGAUGUACAAAUGUCCGUGUUGUAAUUCAGAUUUUACAGAAUUGAAUGUGCUGUUGCAUCUUUCUUACUCUAGAUUUUUUCCAAAUUUAAUGACCUGUUUUAUAGAUGCUGUUUAUCCACAGUUUAAGAAAAUAAACUUGUUUUAAAAAAAACUGUUA